GAGAGAGAGAGAGAGAGACAAACAUAACCAUAAUCAGAGAGACACACAAACAUAACCAUCAUCACCAUCACACAGAGAGAAGUACACAAACACCAUAAAGGCAAGGGGGAAAGAGAGAGAGAGACGGACAGAAACAUCUUCAUACACUCCGGCGGGGGCUGGGGUCAGGGACAGACAUACAUUUGCAGUUAGGGAGAGGGACACAAACACACUUAUAAAUUCGGGCAAAGGGUGUCAGAGACGGACAGACGCGGGGUGGGGUGGGGGGUGAUCAGUGACAGUCACGCCAAGGCGUUUGGGGAGGGAGUUGUUAGAGACAAAGAUAGAAAUACUCAUAGAAACAUUCAAGACAGGGAAAGGUGGAAGAGGGAGAUCAGACACACACACCGGUGAGAGGGCCAGAUACAGCCUCAGAUAGGGACAGAGACUUAGGGAGCGAAGGGGUGUCAGAGUGAGAGACACACGCACAGCCAUCCAGAGUUGGGGUUCAGAGAAAGAGGCUCACAGCAACACGGUGAGAGACAGAUAGGGAGAGAGGCUGUCGGAGGGAAAGAGACGGUAGAGGGGUCAUAUACAUAGAGAUAUACAUACAAGGUCGGGGGGAGGGGUUCAGAGGAAAAAUCUGCUACAGAUAGGGCAAAGAAAGGCAAACAGGGAGAGAUAGAAACACAGAGACGGGCAAACCAGAAGACACGGACAGCGCUGAACGGGACAUAAAAGUCUGACAAACCAGGAGAGAGCGGGGACAAGGAGCCCCGCACUAGGGGCCUGGUCCGGCUGUGCCAUGUCCGACUCUGAGGAUGAAAUUCACGACCGGCAGCUAAAAAUCGUCAUCUUAGGUGACGGCGCCUCGGGAAAGACUUCUUUAGCAAUGCGUUUCGCCCAGGAAGCUUUUGGAAAACAGUACAAACAAACAAUUGGAUUGGAUUUUUUUCUGAAAAGAAUAUCUCUACCAGGUAAUUUAAAUGUUACACUGCAAGUCUGGGAUAUAGGUGGGCAAACUAUCGGAGGAAAGAUGUUGGACAAGUACAUUUAUGGAGCUCAGGGUGUCCUAUUGGUCUAUGACAUCACAAACUACCAGAGUUUUGAAAACCUUGAAGACUGGUAUGCCGUAGUGAAGAAAGUAAAUGAGGAAUCUGAACUACAGCCUGUAGUUGCAUUAGUUGGAAAUAAAAUUGACUUGGAACACAUGCGAACUGUGAAGACAGAAAAGCAUCAACGAUUCUGCCAGGAAAACAACAUUAGUGGUCAUUUUGUGUCUGCCAAAACCGGAGAUUCAGUAUUCCUCUGUUUUCAAAGAUUUGCAGCUGAUAUAAUUGGUAUCAAGCUAAAUAAAGCAGAGAUUGAGCAAUCACAGCGUGUAGUGAAGGCAGAUAUUGUGAAUUACAGCCAGGAGCCUGUGGUGAGAACUGUGAACCCUCCUAGAAGUUCAAUGUGUGCAGUUCAGUGAUCCCGUCAUAUCCCCAUAUUAGUACAUUUGGCAAACCUGCUUCAUUCACACAGGCCCAUUCUUUCUCAGGAACUUAGUUUUGACAGCAACCAUUUCAGUAACACAGUAAAAGACUUCACGGACUGACUGUGUUACCGUAUGCUGAGAAAUACAAGGCAGCCACUGUCCACUACAGAGAUGCAAGAGGUUGGACCACACAUAUGAGUAUAAUUUUCAGAAUUGAGUUAGGAAAGAAUUUUCACCAUUUUGUUUCAAAUGAUAGUGUAACUGCAUCAGAUGUGUCUUUUAUAACUACCAAAAACCUAAUUUAUUCAGUAGUGCAGUUUAAUGUAUAUCAGCAUUUACAGAAUGUUUUAACUCCAUGCAAAUUAACUUGAAAUAACAAGACAUAAAGUUUUAAAUACCAAAAAAGUCCAGCACCUUUUUAUUGUAAUUUUUAAAUAAGAAAUAUAGGCUUUGUAGCAGAUUGCCACAAUGAUCCAAAUCCUAAUGAAAGAAACUCCUUGGGCAAAUAAAGAGUCAAGCCUAUGAAAAUUAAUUUGGCCAUUGAGCUUAGCCCUCUAUACAUUUACACUUACAUAGCAUCCAAUUGCAUUUUGAAUACUCUGAAUGAUUUUGUCCUUACUUACUUGCCUGGCUGCUUAUUACAUACAUUUAUCAGUCUUUAAGUACGACUUUUAUUUGAUUAAGUUUGCUUUAAGUAAUUCAAAUUCAAUGUCCUUCUAGUCUAAUAUAGUAUUCUGGGUAUGCCUUACUUACACCAUUGAAUAUUUUACAUACAUUUCUGAGGUUCUUCCUAAACCAUUUUAUUUCCAGAGUUUUGCAUUACAUUUUAUUUUAUGGGUCUUUUCCUUCUGCUUCUGGAAAUCAGGCGUGCUUUUGAUCUUUUGCAUCCCUUCCUCUAUAUAUCUGUUUGCGGACCUGCCUGUGUAUAUUUUGUAAACACUUUUUGUGACACGAUCUGAGACUGUACAUUACAAAGCCCUGGAAUAAUGCCUGUAUCUGUGUGUUCUACUGUUUUGUCAAGAGUCUUAGUAUUGUUUUACCAUUUUUCGUCUAUGUUAUCUCAUCUUUAAAAACAAUGAGUACUAUUAUCAUUGCAGAGUCUUUUUCAAAAUAUGCAUUUAUAUGGCAAUUUUGCCUAGUUUCAAUGCCAAAUUUUCACUGUAUAUGUGGCAGCCUGGUCUAACUUCACGCCAGUGUGAGAAUUUCUGAGGAGAGAACUCUCACUUGCUUGGAUUUCAAACUGUUUGGAGUAUAAUUUUGAUCCCUAUAACAUUAUUGUAUGGAAGUUGUUGGCUUCAUGUUCUAAACAGUUGGAUUUUAGUAACCAGGAUAGGAACAUUAUGCAAAAAUGUACAUGAUGUACUUAAAAAAAAACCUUCACUCAGUUAAUGUGUACUCCUUCAUAUUUUUCAAAUGUCUUUCUGCCUAUCCUUCUACAAGUGUAUCGCUGUUGUUAACAUAAGCACAACACUACCCUGCCCUGCCACUGCUGGAAUUUAAAAAGCCCAAACAAAAUGAGGUGUAAAAUGCUGAAACUUUAGGACACUAAAUGAACAUUUCCAAUUAGAAGUUUCAGGGCCUCAGUUGUAACCUGAUUUUCUUUUUAAACCGGCUUCUUAUCCUAGUUUUAACCAAGAUCUGUUGUGGAUUUAGUCUAAUUCCUUUUCACUGGAAAUGGCAGAUAUUCUGAAAUCUCAAAUAAACAAGCACUACCAUAUGAAGAUCCACCAUCAACUUUAUCUGGACCAUUCACCAGUAAAUCAAGGAGAUUUGUCAGGUGUUUCCUACUUUCAUACUGGUUAUUUCUUCAGUUCGUGCUGCUCAGAUACUGUUUUGUAGAAUAAUUUCCAUAUUUUUAUUAUAUUAUUGAUAUUGGAGCUUUCCUAAGUCAGUACUGUUCUAUGUUUUAUUUUAUUCCCAAAUGUUAUUGAUAAUGCAACUGAUUUGUAACUGAUGAUAUAUAUUGGUCUUGUUCUUUAUGACUCUUUACGUAUCUCUGUAUUUCAUAGCUGUCAGCUUGAGUAUGCAGUAAUAUAACACUAAACACAUUUCACAAGUCUUUGUUCUACAAACAUUCAAACAUAAUGUUUAAAUGUUUGUAAAUUUCAUAGUAAGUAAUAUUUGACUCUUGCUAGGUACACACAGAUUUUUUGCUUUCAUGUAUAUUUUGUUUUAACUGUCUAUAUUUCAGCACAAGCUCCAUUGCAUUCUAUUUGAUGCCUCAAUUAUCGCAGCAAAAAAGGACUCUAGACAUUCACAUUGUGUACUAAUUUGUAGAUAUUUUUGAAUCAACUUGUUCAGAGAUUUUACUUUACACCUCUGGAGCACCUUUAACCUGGGCUCCGUGGCCCAGAGAUAGUACACUACCACUGUAUUCUUGCAUUCUGUGAAAGCAGUCAAAUAUAUGUGCUUCGUUGGUAGCAUUUUGAACCACGUCCAAAUGCGGUUUAGCAAAGCACAAUCUCCAUGAACAGAUGAAAGUUUUGCAGUGUCAACUCCACAUAAGUACAGUGUAUAGUAUAUGGUUUCAAAGUAGCAGUUAAAAGUGUACAUAAUAUUUCGAUCACUUUUAAUAUAAUCUUUCUCACUAAUAUUCCAAACAAGGUACUAUAUGAGUUCAUCUUACUAAGGACCAUGAAUUAUAUUAUAAUAUAAUUAUCUACAAUCUUUUGCAAACAUCACAAUUCCUACUGUAAUAUAAAUGAUUCAUUGUAUCAAAAGUAGUUAACUAGAUGCCCAAUAUUUGCAAUAUCAAUGACACAAUAGUAUCAAUAGUUUAAAAACAUUUUUUAUAUUUCAAAAUGAUUUUUUGUCAUGUAUUGCAUAAAAAUAGAAUGACAUUGCAUUUUAUUACAGACUUUCCAAGCAUAUCUCACUGCUCAAUGCAUAAUAUAAAGGAUGUAGAAAAUAAACUGCUUAAAAUAUUGCUAUGCUGAUGUUGUAACAUUGAUGUAAUUGUUCUUGCAUUGUAAAUUUUAUUCAAGUUUUAUUUGUAUACAAAUAUAUUAGAAUAAAAAUGUUUUACUGCUUUGUUGGAAUGUAUUAGUACAUAUAAAAUGAAAUCAAUGAGAUUUUCAGAAGUUGGCAUGAUUAAUUCAUUGAAUAUGUUUGAACACAAUUUAUGGUAAACAACCUGAUGUUUACUGAAGGUGUUUCAAUUUAAUUUUUUUACAUUGCUACUUUGAAAUAUUCAAUAUUGUAUAUUUUAACAAUUUUAUUUUAAUUAAAAUGA